GUUUAUUUAUAAAAUGUACUUUUGCAUAGGUAUAGAUACUUUAUAAGUAGAAUCGAUUUUUCCUUUUCGAUUUGCAGAAUCGUUUAUAGAUUGAUUUCCGGAAUAAAUUUUACUGAAUCAACGUGUCGAUAGACAAAUUUUCGACCGAAGCUCAUGAAUAUGCGAAUAAUCAUAUCCUGAGAUUGCGACAUCGAGUGCAUUCCAUUCACGGAAACGAGAAAAAAUGGGAGUGUGCGAUCACACGAGUCGUGUGUUACUGAGCGCAUUACCAUGUUUUGUUCGGCAUUUGCAUAUACACGCCAUACAUUUCUAUUCUUUUUUUUUACUUUAAGAAUUAUUCACAUUUUUGUUCUAGAUUAGCAUAAUACGCGGGUUUGAGGGAGCGUGACGAGAGGGGAAGCGCGAUACGAAAACGGUGAUCUUCAGCGGCGAUUUGAACGACAGCCGAUCCACCGAGAUACCGGAUUUACUCGCAUCUGCGCUGCAGCGGUGAUCGUGCGCGUGCGACCGCGAAGAUCCAUUUUUGGCGCGAAAGGGUUUCCUCGUCGCGGAAUUCCGCGCACCAAGCUGCAGCGGCAAUGAUUACUCAUACCUGUUUUGACCGACGUAUUGUUACUGCACGCGAAUAUGGAAUAUCAUUAUAGUCCGUCGGGUAAUUCUAAGUCGGAUUGGACUGGAUAAUUACGUGCGUGCUCCGAUCGCGCUGCCGCGCUCAGCUCCGCAUGGGAAACCCGCGUCGCGCGCACGUAAUCGCUCAUCAAUUACGAAAAAAAAGAAGCGAAAAAACGCGGAAUUAAACGCGAUAUAAAUACGUAGGCGAAAUUUAUCGAAUACCUUGAAGAAUAAUCAGGGCCGUGCGUGGGCGAAGUUCGAAAGGGGGGACCGAAGGUCGCGGAUGGUGGGGCUGUGGGAUCGUCCUCGCGUCAUCUACGCGAUCGCGGGUGAUCGGUUAGUCUUCCUCGCGCCGAUCGAGCAUUAAGUUGCAAGCAGAGGUGGGCAUUGCUCGGAUAAAUCUUUUUCUAGUUAUUCGGAGCUCGAUUAUCAUCGUCCGAGAAGAACCGUCGCGACUGUAGAGCUCUCUUCCUAUCUGCAUCUUCAGAAUUUCAUCGUUUUCUCGGCAGAUACGGGCCGAAAUAUAGUGGCAAAAUGCAAUAUCCGCGAGCCGCAGCCUUGCUCUUGGCUCUGUUCGCCACGGUGGUGAACGGCAGCCACUACGUCCAAUACGUUCAGUCGCGAGUAGUCGCGUCUGGCGGUUGCGAAAGCUACACGUGCGGCGUGAAUGCGAGAUGUACGAUGAGCGAGGGACGACCGGUGUGCUCCUGCCUGAAUCUACAUAUGGGAGACCCGCUCGCGCGGUGUACACGGGUCGAGUGUCUAAUCAACGACGACUGCCCGUACAACCGAGUGUGCACGAACAACAGGUGCAUCGAUCCCUGCGUAGGUCUGUGCGGACUGAACGCGAACUGCUUGACCAGAAAUCACAUAGGUACCUGCGAGUGUAUACCAGGACACGUCGGAGAUCCAUUCUCGGGUUGUCAAGUCGCCGACCCUCAAGCUGCCUGCAAGCCGAGCCCGUGCGGAAUAAAUACCCAAUGCGAGGUGAUCAACGAGGUUCCAGUCUGCACGUGUCUGCCGGGUUACAGAGGCUCGCCCUUAGCCGGAUGUCGACACGAGUGCGAUAGCGAUAGCGAUUGUCCUUUGCAUCUCGCGUGCUCGUCGUCGUACAGAUGCGAGAGCCCGUGCAAGUGCGGCGAGAACGCGGAGUGCCAAGUCAUCCAUCAUCAAGCAAAGUGUAGCUGCCCGAAAACAUGGAACGGAAACCCAUUUAUCGCGUGUCGACCGGAGUGCACCGCCCACGCCGAAUGCCCGCCAAACAAACCUGCCUGUCUCUAUCAGAAAUGCGUGAAUCCUUGCGACGGCGUAUGCGGUGUGAACGCCGACUGCAACCUACGCGGAAUCACUCCCGUUUGCAGUUGCCCGAAACAUAUGACCGGUAAUCCUUUCGUCAGCUGCAGACUGUUCGAACCACGUGAUCUUUGCGAACCGAAUCCUUGUGGCGUUAACGCGAUCUGCACGCCGGGUCAUGAUAAUACCGGGAAGGAGAGACCAGUGUGCACGUGUCCCACCGGCUACAUAGGUAACGCCCUGACGAGCUGCCAGCGCGGGGAGUGCUUCACUGACAGUGAAUGUCCCGACAAUCGGGCGUGUGUUGAUUUCACGUGCAUAAACCCGUGCACAGGUCGCGAGUGCGGCCCAAGUGCCACGUGCACACCCCGACGUCACAUCGCGGUCUGUACGUGCCCGCAGGGAACCAGAGGCGACGCCCUGUAUACCUGUAACCCGAUCGAGAGCAAAUCGGUGUACAAUUACGGCCGCGCCUACCGUUACCGCUACUAGUCACGGAACCAAUCCCACAUUCAAAAUACUCAACGUUUUAAUACCGCGUAAUUUCUAUUCCAAUUCAGGCGUACUUUUGCGAAGAAAUAAACUGGGGAAUAGAAAGAAAUUUAACCGCCUAUUCCUUACGCAGGUCGUGUAACAGAGUAAUAUAUUUUUCGUAACGCUACGCUGAUAAUAUGUCUUCCAAUUCGUGUUCAUCGUAGGAUCUCACACAAAGUGUUCUGUAUGUUUUAUAAACUGUGCGACUGGUCGCAAAUCCAGUUUCAAGGCUACGGCACACAAAAAAAACUUAAACAGUAAAACUUAGACAGUAAGCGAAUUAGCCAAUGACAGAGAGUCGAAAAUACAAGCCCAUAAUGUAAGCAGUAGCAAAUGACAUACGUUAAUUUUCUUACUGCAUACGUCUUAUUGCUCAAGUUUUUCUAUGUGCCAUGGCCUUCAAUCCUCAAUAAAAAUAGAAGCAUAACAAUUUAUGCUAUAUUAAAAUUCAUACACAAUAAAUUUUUCCUGCUUAUUUCAGUUUCAUUACAAAUACCAUUCUAUAUCUCCAUAAUGAAGAAAAAAAAAGAAAAAAAGAACGUAAAAUAUUACUAAACAUCUAAAAACUACAUUAUCUGAUUAAACAAUUUUUAUUGAAUAAUUUAACAUUAUUUAUAUCUCGUAGGGAUGUGCAAGUCCAUAGUUAUAAAACUAGUUGAGAAAUUUACAAAAAAUCACUUGCCGCUAUUAAAAAAUAAAUGAUUACAA